AUGGCCACAAACAGCGACCAUAAUGUCAUCGACCAGCAGAUCAACGAGCGGUUCAACACAUUGCAGCUGAUUAUCGAUGAAAACCAAGACACCAACACUUCCCGCACGAAUGGUAAGCACUGGUCGCCCACUAAGACACUGAUCCCGAUCACCACCGGAGGAUUACCACCGAUGGUGAUGAUUGCCGCUAUGGUUGACACCGUUGGCGAUGAUCUUGACCGCCUCCUCAGUGGACUCAAUGGUGGCAUCGAUUACACGACACUAUAUUUGGCCAUCAACAGUAUCUCAUCGGCGGUCACGCCCACCGACUCGGCCCACCAGUCGACGACUACCGACGCUGCGGUCGGCGACACAGAACUCCCGAAUCAAAUCAGUUUCUCAUUCCUGUCGGACGAGUCGAUCGGAUCCACUCUCGACGCCAGCGACUCGUCGCCCAGUUAUCGGGAACUGACCGCCAGUUUGGACACGAGUGCGCUGACCGGUGAGCAGCGGUCGGACGUGUGGCGCAUGAACUACAACGAGGCGGCCAUCUAUUUGGAGGAGGGAUUCAAUAACGAUAAGUUUGAUUAUCACCCGAACACCAGACAAUCGCUGCCGGCGUACCUCGUGGUCCACAACCGCUGGUUCUACUCAUUGGAUCUGUUGGCGGCCCUACUGUUGCUGUCGUUGGCGUUCAUCGAGAGGCCAGCCGUCGACGGCUUUAAAGUGAACGAAGGGAUUCACGCGUCGCUGGAACUGCUGGCGCUGUCGAUAGUGGCCAUCGAACUGGUGAUGAAGUAUCGGUGGAUGAAAACCGAGCACUUCGUGCGCCACACGCGGACAGCCAUCAAAUCAGUGGUACUCGUCAUUAUGAUCGUCGAGGCGCUGGUGGUACUCAUACGGCGCGACUCGCACGUGAGGGUCACCCGAGCCCUGCGCCCG